GGUGUGAGUCUUACCGUGUUGCCGUGUGGAGGCGACAGUCUGUGCGAGCGGAGCUGCUGACACACACACACACACACACACACACACACACACACACACGCUCACACACGAGCAGAGGACCACUCACAGCCGAGGCUCACCUGCGCUGCUCGGGUUGUUUUCUCUCUGGAAGCCGCUGACAGGUGACCCGCCACCAUGUUCAAGAAGAAGUCCAGGAGCACCGCCAUCACGCAGCCGACCGCCAGCGCUCCGUCCACUGAGCUGAGCUCUCUGAUCGACAAGCUGCAGAAGAAUGCUGACAAGGUGGAGAAGUUCAGUUACGACAUCGAGCAGAACCUCAACAAGGAUGUGAGUAAGAUCAACGAGGGGAAGCAGCCUCUGUACCAGGAUGACACCAACAAGAGGAUCCUCAGCUCUCUGGAGCUGCUCAGCGGCCUGGACGAGGACGCCGUCAACGCCAAGCGCCUGCAGCACCCGCAGGCCGAGAUGAUCGAGAAGGACAUGAGGCAGCUACGUGAGAAGGUGCUGAAGCUGAAAGAGGACCAUGACCGCAUCUACCACCUGACCCGCACCGAGGGGAAGCCCAGCAUCAACUGGGGCAACAUGAUGGACGAGAAGCUGGACAACCUGAACAACAAGGGCUUCGGCCAGGACCUUCCCUCAGUGGAGAACGAGGUGGAGGAACACAACAUCUUCCACAGCGAGGUGGAGGCUCUGGCUCCUCACAUCUCCUCCGGCGGAGACAAGGAAUACAUCAGCGGCCUCCAGUCGAAGUACGCCAAGCUCCUGGCCAGCUCCAGCGCUCGUCAGCGCAACCUGCUGAGCCUGAGGAACUACAUGCAGAGCUGCACCAAUGAGCUGUACUGGAUGGACCAGCAGGCGGAGGAGAGGAUCAACUACGACUGGAGCGACACCAACCUGGACUACCCGGCCCGCCAGAGGCAGUACGAGAACUUCAUCAGCAAAUGUCUGGAGUCCAAAGAAGCCACCGUCACCAAGCUGAACGAGGACGGGGAGAAGCUGAUCGUGGCCGAGCACCCGGGGAAGAACGUCAUCGAGGCUCACAUGGAGGCCGUGCACGCGGACUGGAAGGAGUACCUGAACCUGCUCAUCUGUGAGGAGAACCACCUCAAGCACAUGGACGAGUACCACAAGUUCCAGAAGGAGGCGCGUGACACUCAAGACCUGCUGAAGCGGAUGGACACGGACCUGAACCAGAAGUACAACCCAGAGUUCAAAGACAUGUACCAGAUGGAGGGCCUGAUAACGGAUCUGGACGACCAAGCCAAGGCCGUGGACCACUUUGAUGAGCGGGUUAAGACCAUCCAGAAGCGCAGCCUGCAGGUUUUGCCCCUGAAGUACCGCCGUGAGACGCCCCCGAAGCAGGUCCCCGUGGAGGCCCUGUGCGAGUUCGACACCGACGAGGGUCAGAUCCUGCGUGGGGAACGGUACACUCUGCUGCGGAACAACGUGGCCAAGUGGGACGUGAAGGACGCAGCCGGACAUCAGUUCACCGCUCCGGCCGUGUGCUUCAUGAUCCCCCCCACCGCCCCCGAGGCGCUGGCCGUCUCCGACAGCCUGGCCAAGCAGCAGAACGGCGUCAAGCAGAAGAUGGCGAGCAGCGCGGCAACGCUGCAGAAACGCUUCGCCGAGCUGAAGAAGGAGAGCGGCACCGGCACCGCCACAGACAAACAGGAGCAGCAGUGCCGCCAGCUGAUGGCCGGCCUGGACAAGGUGGUCGGUGACCUGGACAAACAGGAGAAGGGCAUCUACGCUCGAGUGCGCCCCCCGCUGGAGCAGAGCAGGCCACUGCAGGACAGCGCCGACCGGCUGCAGGACAUGAAGGACAUUGCUGCUGCCGUCGGUAAGAUCGAGCCAGAGAAGUCGUCCAAAGUGCAGGAGGCGAAGAGCUUCUUGGUGUCCAACCCGACAUGUGCCAGCACCCCCCAGCUGCACGGCAAGGUGGACGAGGCCAACAACAAGUACACCAAGAUCGAGCAGCUGCUGCAGAGCUCGCAGGAGAAACUGAAGAAUGCCAACCAGCUGGAGACGUCCCUCCAGAAUGGAAAGACCUUAUUGUCCACCUACGAGAACAAGCUGGCCCGGGAGGAGGUGGCUCCCUCUGACAUCACCUCAAUCGAGAAGACACAGCGGGAACUUGCAGAUACUGCCUCCGACCUGAGGUCCAAGAGGUCCGUUAUCGCUGAGACGGAGCAGAACCUGCGCUCGGCCAGAAGCAGCUGCGACAACAUGGCCACCAAGUUCCAAGAGCACUGCCCCGACAUCGAGAGGCAGGAGGGAGACGUCCAGAAGCUCAACAAGCGCUUCAAUAACCUCAACAGGCAGACCGACACCAGGUCUCAAAGCUUGCAGAGAGCCAAGAUGUCGUACAACAAUUACCGCAAAGACUACGACAACCUGAACAACUGGCUGUCCCGCGUCCCAAACUACGAGCCCCGUGACACCGAUGACACGAGACAAGUGGAGACCAAGCUGAAGAAUCAGAGGAACUUGCUCUCUGAUAUCGCAAGAAAGGAGUCUGACCUGAACAACGUGUCCAAAAACGCCCAGCUCUACCAACAUGCUGUUAAAGACUACGAGAAUGAAACUGAGAAGUUCAGAUCCAUCCUUGACCUUGAAGAUGGCCUCGUCCCUCAGACAUACAAGAGGAACAGACUGGAGUCGCCUGCACAGAUCGUCAAAGCAGAGGAAUCUGCUAUUGAGGCAAAGUUUACCGAGGUGAAUGCUGUGAACAAGCAACGGCUUCAGAAUCUGGAGUUCGCCCAAAGUCUUCUCAACCAGCAACCUGAGAUACCGUUAAUCCAGUCUACAAAUGUCAAGUCAGUCAAUGCUGCUGCCCCAGGAGGAGAACCUUGGAGGGUCAAGAAGCAGCUGGACGAUGAGGUCCAGAGGAGGGAGCAGCUAGAGAGAGAAAUUGAGACUAUCCAGUCCGACAUCUAUGUCCUUGAAGGACAGAAGCCCCAGGACACGAUUGUCAAGAAGGAGCUGAUCAAAAAGGUUGCUGACCCCCAGCUGGAUGAAGAAGUCCAUAAGGUCCAGCAGAAACUCUCAGAAGAGCGCCGCUCUACCCAUGUCCUGGUGAAUGACCUUGAGGUAUUAAAGAUAAAAUUGCGUGGCCUGGAAACAGAGGUCAAAGAAGGGGCCCAGCAGUACACGGUCAAGGAGGUCUUGCGUAUCGAAAGAGAUCGUGAUCAGGAGGAUGAAAUGCGCAAGCUUCGGGAAGAGCUGGAUGAGCUCAGAAGGCAGAAGCUGAUGAAAGACAAUGAGCUGAUUCAGAUACACAAGCAGGUGACCCUCUUGGCUGAAGAGAAGAGCAUAGAGCAGGAGGUGAUCACUGAGGAGGAGGUGAUCAAAGUCCAGAAUGAUCCCCAACUUGAAACCGAGUACCGAGUGCUGCUUGACCGCAAACAGAAGGAAACGGAUGGCAGGAAGCAGCUCGAGGAUGAACUGCAAUUUCUUCAAGAGAAGCUCCGAAGGAUGGAGAAGGAGAAGUCAAUAGCCGAGGAGAAGAUUUCCAUCAAAGAGGUUCUGAAAGUAGAGAAAGAUGUUAUCUUUGAAAGGGAGGUGGAAAACCUCAGAAGGCAGUAUGAAGACGAGAAAUCCAAACGGAGAUCAUCACAGAGAGAAAAGGCUGACCUCCAAAGAAAAAUUACCAGCCUCGAGGAGGAGAAGUCCAAGGUGGUUGUUCAGGAGAAGGUGCGGGAGAUCGUCCGCCCAGACCCCAAAGCUGAGAACGAGGUGGCCAACCUCCGGCUUGAACUUGUAGAGCAACAGAGGCGCUUCCGGGAUGCAGAGCUCCAGCUUAGAUCACUGACGGAAGAGCAUACCAUGCUGAGGAACAGGGGACCUCAAGUGGAGAUCAAAGAGACCAUCAAAGAAGUCAUCAAAUACAAGACGGAUCCACAGACCGAAAGAGAGCUUGAGCGACUUCGCAAUGAGAUCGUAGAUAAAACUCACCUCACAGAGAAAUCUGAGAUGGAAAUCCGCCAACUCCGUGAUGAAAUUGUAAGAUGGAAGGACACCAAACCCCAAGUGCAGACUAAAGAGGUGGUCAAUGAAGUGAUGCGGUACAGAGAAGACCCCAAGACGAAGGAGGAAAUUGAAACUCUCAAAAGGAAACUGGCUGAUGAGCAACAGAAACGCCUUGACCUUGAGGGAGAACGCUCCGCCCAAGAAGAGAAGAUCAGACUGAGGAAAAUUGACUUGUCUCAGGUCCGCGAGAAGAUUGUCCAGCAAGAAGUGGUAAAGCUGGAAGAAGACCCUCUCCUCAGAUCCGAGUGCGACAGCUUCUCACAAAACAUCAGCAAUGAGCAGAAGCAAAAGGAGAGCCUGAAAAAUGAGCUCUACCAACUGCAGAGGCAGAAGGCUGACCUUGAUCUGCAACUGGAAGAACUGGAACGCGAGCGCAGGGCAAGGCGCGAAGCAGAACUGGAGAUCCAAAGGCUUCGGGUCACACUUCACGAGCUGGAGCUCCGUGACAAGGAGAACCGGGAGAAGGUGACCGUCAAGCAGAAGGUCGUCCUGCAGCAAGAUCCCCAACAGGAGAAGGAACACUCCAUCAUCAAACUACAGCUGGACGAAGAGAGGCACAAACGCACUUUGUUGGAGAAAGAGUUGAAUAUCCUCCAUCAGCAGCAGCUCACCCUGGAGAAGAUCGAUGUGAAAGAAAGGGUUGUGCGCACCGAGAAAGUCCAAAUUGAAAGGGACCCAGAGGCUGAGAUUGAUAUUGAGAACCUAAAGAGGACUCUGGAAGAGGAGAAAAGGAGAAGGAGAGAGCUGGACCAGGAGCUGGCCAGCCUCACCUCAAGGUUCUCUGACAUGGAGUUCUCAAACACAAAGUCUUCCAAGGAGCUGGACUACAUCCGUGAUGAGAGUGGCCGCAUGCAGCAAGAGAACCAAAGGCUGCAAAAUGAGAUACGCAAGCUCCGGGCCGAGAUCGACAUCACCAGCAAAGAGACUCGGCUUAUCACCGAGUCCGCACCGAGGGAGGAAGGAAAGAACCUGGAACUGAGGCUCGAUUCGCUCCAGAAGGAACUAGCGGAGCUCAGGGGCAUAACCAGCCAGAAGGAUGUGGAGAUCGAGGGUCUUCAAAAGAACCUGGUGGCCGUGAGAAUGAAGAAGGAGCAGAGGGAGAGCCAUCUGCGCCGCUCUAUCGUGGUCAUCGACCCCGAUUCAGGCAAGGAGAUGCGACCGGAGGAGGCCUACAAACUCGGGCUGAUUGACUGGAAGAUGUUCGUCAACCUCCAGAGCCAGGAGUGUGACUGGGAGGAGAUUUCGGUGAAGGGCCCCAAAGGAGAAUCCUCCGUUCUUCACGACAGGAAAUCCGGGACCAAGUUCUCCAUCGAUGACGCGCUGCGCCUCGGCCACAUCACUAACUACCAGCUGCAGCAGUACAUAAACAAAGAGAUAUCCAUCCAGGAGUUUGGCGUCUUGGUGUCAGGCAAGAACAAGUGAACUCAAACCUGAUGAGGAAGAUCAUCUCUGAUGUGUUUGAUCUCUGGUGUUUACCAACCUCCUUUGUUUUACUGUUCUUCCACUCUGACUUUCAUACUAUGGUGACUUGGCAUUACUGAAACGAUGAUUCCUAAAUGUUCUAUGUAUUUAUUCGCUUGUGCGUAUUCAAUGUUGUGGUUCUGGCAUAAUAUAUGGUUUGAUAUUAGUAAUAUUUCAGGAACGGUUUGCUCAGCCAAGCUUUAAUUUCCAACUCUGGGUAUGAGGGAAGAGGAUAUAUAUUUUUAUAUCUUUAUUUGAUAUUUCCAUUGAAACUCAUAUAACAGUUCAAUUCAUUUGUGUGGUUUUCCCAGGUUUAAUGGAACUAGUGUGUGCUCUGUAAUCUCCAAUAAAAGACCAAUCAAACUGGA